CCAGAAGUACUUAGUUAUUCUUUCCUGCUUCAUAACGUUGUUUCGUUUGUAGUUUUCUCUGAAUAUAACCAUAUAGCUAGUUAGCUUACUAGCUAGCUGAACAGAACUAUCUGUGUACACUAUAAACCAAUCCUCAACUAUUCACAUAUAUCAAAGCUGUAGCUACUACUUUGAAGGAUCUAACAGUUAACUUAGUGAACGAAUCGACCAUCAUCAAGUCGACCGACCAGAUGUAAAUAAUGCUAACGUUAUGUGCUAGGGUAAGCUAAUUUCGUUGCUAGCUAGGCAGUCCUAGCCAACACCCUCAUGAGGCAAUCCAUCUCCGGAGGAUUAGCUAGCUACCAAGUGUAAACAAGUCUGACUAACUUGGGUUUUGCAUCUAGCAGCAAAGAACAAUCCAACAGAAUGUCAGGUAAAUGUAGUUAUGUUCUAGCUAGAGAGUGGUUUUGAAAUGUAGAGUUUGGUAGUUGACCCCACCUAAUUUAGCAAACGUUAGCUAGCCACCAAUGUAAACAGUGGAGCAAAAGCACCCCAUCCAUUUCAUGACAUUGUCACAUGUGAAUUGUACUUGCUUUCUUUAUCAGUGGUGCUAAAGGAAUUUCCAAUCCAUGAGAAAAACAAUAGUUAACUAGCUAACUAGUAAACACGAUUUGAAUUCAUUUGGAGAAGCUUGCCACAACAGCAAGUAACAUAAAUAUUUUAGGCCCGGGUGAGACCAGUAUCAAUGAUAGUGUACUUAUUUGCAACCGCCUCAUCAUUGCAACCGCCUCAUCAUAUCUUGUUUUUGACAGAUGAUGCCAUUCUGCUGAAUGUACCUGUCAUUCGGCAGCUGUACCACUGGGACUGUGGAUUAGCCUGCGCAAGAAUGGUUUUGAAGUAAGGGAACAUUUCAUCAUAUACUGUACAUACAUGGUACACAGACUUGCGUGUGUCAGCAUUUUAACUACAGUAGAUACAGUACAUUGUGAUGCUGAAGACCUCAUCAUGCAAGUGUCACUUUUUUACCAUCAUUUGGUAGGUACCUCCACCCUGUGAGUGAUGAGGAGUUUCAGGGUGCAUGCUGGGAGCUGAAGCUUACGGAGAGUGUGUGGACAAUUGACUUGGCCUACCUCAUGUGCCAGCUGGGGGUCAGGCACCGCUUCUGCACUCAGACACUGGGAGUUGACAAGGGCUUCAGGAAUCAGGUAAUGGGUCAACACUUUGUAGACCAUCACAAGAAGUACAAUAGUUAUAAUGUAUAAGUACAUUUCAUUGUCAUGUACCCAUUAAAAGGGGACCAUCGCACUCUUCCAGAAGUUUGGUUGGUGCGUAAAACUUGUGAAUUCAGAUAAGCAAAAGGGUGAGAUGGGUUCACACUCAAAAAGAUGUUGCAUAAAGCUUUUUACAAUUAUUUUCACUGCAUCAGGGAUAACGUACACAGACUUUUUGGCUAUGCAGCUUUCUUCAGUGUGUAGAAGAAGGCUGCAAAGCCGAAACGUCCCUGAUGCAGUGAAAUUAAUAAAACAAUUCUAAAAAUGAAGUAAGCUUUAUGCGACAUCUUUUUGAGUGCGGACCCAUCGCACCUUUUUGAUGUAGCCCACCAUAACAAAUAUCCUUAAUUAAAUAAUUAUAAUAAUAUAAUAUGCCAUUUAGCAGACACUUUUAUCCAAAGCGACUUACAGUCAUGUGUGCAUACAUUUUUACGUAUGGGUGGUCCCAGGGAUCGAACCCACUACCCUGGUGUUACAAGCGCCAUGCUCAGGUUAAUUAAUUCCUACAGAGGAAUUAAUUAACCUGAGAGACUUACCAUGUGUUUCUUUUGAUCUGUUUCUAGUCCUUCUACAAAAAGCAUUUUGACACUGAGGAAGACAGAGUGAACAAACUCUUCCUAAAGGCUGAGAGCAAGAGUGUGGUGGUGAAACAAUGGUUAGUUACCUUUGUGAAAAAUAAAGAAAGACAAAUUGUUCCAAAACUGUAUGAUAGGCUUGUCUGGUUAGUAAUAGUUGUUUUCCAGACCUAGAGAGAGAAUAACUUUCUCACUUUUUGAAUGUCACUUGUAGCUCAGUGACAAUUCAGGAAAUCCAGGAACAUCUUGACGAGAGUCAUGUGGCCAUAGUGCUGGUCAACGCUGUGGUUCUGGUGUGUGAACUUUGCUCUUCGCCUGUCAAGUACUGCUGUUUCCUGCCUGUGGGCCAGAAGUGCUUCUGCAGGAAGCCAGAAUACCAGGGUCACUUUGUGGUUGUGUGUGGCUUCAACCGGAGCACCGGCUGCAUCUUCUACAACAACCCUGCCUACUCAGACCGUGAGUCCUCCCUCUACACAUCUCCAAAAGUGAACAGUACCACUGACAUACCAGACCCAUAUAUCAUUAAGUAUAAGUGUGGAAUAAAUCACAUUGUGUUUUUGGGCAUUGAAGUUCUACAUUUAAACACUUCUUAAUAAAUUGCACAAUAACACCCACACCUGACCCUGUGCCCUGCAUGGUGCGUUACAUGAACAUGUAACCAGAGGGUGAAAGCACAGAGAGAUUGAGUAAGAGUGAAAAUAUGACAUUGACAGACAGCCUUUGGGUGUUUUGCUUGCAGGCGUGUGUUGCACCAGCAUUAGUAACUUUGAAGAGGCUCGAAUGAGCUACGGGACAGAUGAGGAUAUUCUGUUCAUCUUCAAGGAGAGCUGAUGUUGAUGGUGCAGAUGACGAUGCAGAUGGUCUCCACAUCAUCAUAGCGUCCAAUCCUCACUAUGAUGACACACCAGUGGGUCUACAGGUCCCUGAACGGGGACUGCUGGUUCCAGCUCUGGCCCAGUGUUGUAGAUGGCCCUGGGCUGUCCACUCUAGUGCUAACAUGGCUGAUUGCUCACAGAACACACAACACCACUCCAACGUUACCACACCAAUCUCACCACACAAAGCCCAUGCUAGUCGUCAGUGUCUAAAGGAAUAACAGCUGAAGAGAUCAAUAAAGCAAGUGUGGUUUUUACGUUGGUUGGGGGACAAGCAGAUAGAUGAAAUAGAAUAAAUGAAUUUUGACAGUGUCCCCUUUUGUUUAGUUUAAGUUGAUUCCACCAAUUGCCAUGUGAAAUAGUUAGCAGUGCAAGACCAUAAUUCCUAUUCCUAAUGCUGAGUGGACAAAAUGCCAAUGACACUCAAGUUGUUUCUAACCUUGGAGAGGAGGACAAAACAAUGCACAUACAAGGGCUUACGGCAACAUGAUGCUUUCUUAAUGCUUUAUUCUGAUGUCAUGCUACUUGUCAUGCAAGUCUGAUGGGCCAUGUAUAGCUGCUUACCUCCCCUCAGACGAGCCUAGUCUUAUUUUAUUAAUAGUUUGAUUUGUAUUUAAGGAUCCCCAUUAGCUGCUGC